AUGCCCACACUAAAGCAAAUCGCAAUGAGUCAUAUGGAGAAAGGAAAGUUUGUGAAUCUGGAGCGAUGUGCUCUAACUCAACCCAAGCCAAACACGACCUGGGACAUUAGAAUAUCAUUAUUAGAGCAAGGCAUUGCAGCAUCGAUUAACGGCGAAAAAUGCUGGAAAAUGUUCCAUCAUCGUGUUACAGACUUGGAAAACAGCUACAAAAAGUUGUAUAUUCCACAAGAGGAAAAACUGUUCUUUACCAAGCUUGGUAUCGUCAGUACAAACGAACGUGGUCAACUACUUUAA